AUGAACUGUUCGACAUUAUGGCCCAAAAUAAUUCUCAUAAUUUGAACGUGUUGAAGAGUGAAACACGCGAUUUAGUUAUUCUAUACGAAAAUAUAGACUUGGGCACAAAACUGAUAUCCAGCAAUAUUAAUAAAGCGUCAAAUCAAUAUGUAGAAACUGUAAUAUACAACGAUGAUCCUGAGUCUGAAGAUUCGGAUGUUUGUGAACUUUAUAGCAAUGAGGAUUUAAAAAAUAUAUUUGCUAUAAACAAUGAAAGAAUCAACCUUUUGAGUAACAUGCCGUCAUUUGAAAAUUCACUUUGCCAUAAAUUUGGUAAUCAACACAUGAAAACAUCAAAGUUUUCUAAUGAAUAUGAAAAACAUUUUCCAUUUAAUAAUCCAUUUAUAAAAGAACAAUUACAAAGCUUACAUGCAAUGACUGCUUCGAAGCAAUCGGAUAGUGCAGUAUUUCCUAUGUCAUUAUUGGAUUACAUUUGUUGUAAACGCGUCGAAGAAAACUAUAAUUUUUAUAUGGACAAUAUAAUCAAUUAUGUACAAAAUACCAUUGAACAGUUAAAGCGGAUAAGUAACGGGGAUUACUUAACUGACAGAGUUAAAGAGAAGUGGAGAGAAGUUGAAGAUGUAUUUAAUAAUAAAACAAAUAAAUGUACUAAACAUAUCCCUUUAUCAAGUAUCGACAAUAAUCCAUUACCAAUUGUAGGAAAAUGUAGCAACCGAGUAUUCUUUACUUGGGAUGAAAUAGUACAUUCUGAAAUGGAUAUAAGAUGUCUAUCAAAAAUGUUAGAAAAAAAAUUUAUUGUACAAAUACCAAAAUUAUUAUGUGGUUCUUACAAGCUAUUUACUAAGCAUUUUAAGGAUAAUCUCACUUUAAGUUGCAAAAGAGCUAAAAAUUGUGCUACUCAUGUAAUUAAAGAAAAAUCAAGUGUAGAUAUCCCGGUCAACUUGCAACGACUUGAAACUGGGCACAUGAAUCUUAAUAUAAAUUCUGUUACCGUUUUGAAAUCAAUUGGACUAUCGAUUACAAGAAAAGAUUCACGCGUAAAUAAUUUCUUGGCCUUACGCCUUAAGGAAAUAGAAUACAACAAGGAAGAAAAACUCCGAAUUAUUGAGUUAAAUGAUAAUGAAAAUUUCAUCAUCCAAGAAAAUAACAUAGCAAAUAAUGCGAUAGACAUUGAUACAGAAAUAGGGCACGUUGGUUCUACAUGUAAUGAUAACAUGUUCAAAUCAGGUUCGAGGUGUUCUUUAACACCUUCUGACGAGCUUGGUCGUGCUAUGCAUCGAUUGAAUAUACAAUCUUCGGUAUUAGAAGAGAACGAAGAUGAUUUAGUUAAGAAGAAAAGGUCUCCUACUAGAAUCAGAAUAAAAUCGCCGUAUGAAAAUAAAUCUUUUGUCUUAGAUGAGAGAAAGAGAAAGAGGCUAUUAGAAAUCAGAGAAAGAAGAGAAAAAAAGAAAUUAGCAAUGAACGAAAGUUGCAAAAUAACGAAACACAAAUACGUUAAAGGUGCUGUAAUGGCCCAAUCUUCGAAUUCGGUUACGAAAUUAUCAAUCACCAAUAAAUCUUUUUAUAAUUCAAUUUAUGGCGAUAAUAAUAUUGCAAAUAAAAAAAAUAAAAAUGUUAUUAGUGAGCUCAACUCUACUCUAAGUAUGGACAUUGAAGAAUGUCACGAAGAUUGUAAAAAAGAAAUAUCCACGGCAUCGCUAAGAAAAAAUGGCCAAAAAUAUAUUAAUCGAAGUUACUAUUUAGAUGAUGCAGAUACAGAAAUAAUGUACUUGCAAAUGAAACCAAAUAAUAAUGAAAAUGAUACAAAUGAUAUGUUAACACCAUCUACAUCUGUAUUAUCAAGUGAUGUCGGUGCUCAGAUUUCUCGAUUUAGGAAUUUUAUAAAUUUAUCUACAACGGAUUUUAGCGGUACUGAUACCACAUCAAGCUUGCACCAAAAUAUUUUACUUGAAAAUUCUACUGAAUAUGAGAACACAGAAAAUAAUUUCCAGUUAUCACCACAACUUACUGAAGUACUAGUACCCAGUAACACACCAAAACAAGAAAAUAAUACUAGAAUUGAUAAAUGCAAAAAGAUAACAAUGUCAGUUGAGUGCAGAAAAAGUAUUGAUAAAAUUUAUGAUUUGAUGAAGAAAAUUACAGUGUCUCCAAUAACAAUUGAGAAUAAACAUGAUGAUAUUGCAAUCAUGAAUAAUAUGUACGAAAAAGAGAUAUGUGAAGGUAUGGAAAGUGUUACAAUUCAAGAACUUCAGUUAACAUCUUGUAAUCCCAGUAGUUUCGGAAUCGAGAAUAGAAAUUCUCUGCUAGAAGUACAAAGAAAAUUUACAAACAAGAAAACUGACACUAGUUCUACAAUUGUUCCUAAAGUGGUUAUAAGCUCAAAAAUUCAAGCUGAUAAGAUAGAUAAAAUAGUUUAUAAAACAAAAAGGGUAAAUAAAAAGGUUGACUCUAAACUUACUGAUAAUCCUUUAAAAGCUAUUUCACAAUUACUCCAUGAAUUUGAUAGUGUUCAAAAAACAAGACAUAAAAACGGUAAAGAAGUCAAGUCACUUAAAAAAAAUGACAAUAUUAACGGCACGUCACGUCAGUUUGCACCUAAAGUGGCAUCUUGUGAAGAAAAAAAUAUAAGGCGCAGUGAGCAAGGCAAUUCCCGAUUUUUAAAACCACUUAAUCCGACAAAAGAUUUGAAUUUUUCUCAACUAAAGACACGAGAAGAAAAACCGAUGCAGAAAAAGAAAUUAGCCGAUAUUAUUGAUGAGGUUAAAGAAAUGAGAGGAGAGGCUGUACGUGGUCCUUCAAAACGAAUGAUUCUGUCUUCUAGAAUAGACAAUUUAGCGCAGCCAAAGAAAUCUUAUGUUAAAGCUCAUCAUGACGAUUUUCAAAAUAGAUAUAGCAAAAAUAUAAUACCUAAAGUACAAAAGUCAACUGAAAGUCCUGUAUCGAUUCACGAAAGAACAACAAGACCAAAUUAUAAAAAUAGACAUAGAGAAGGUAUCGAGGUAGAACAAGGAUUACCAAAGGAAAUUAAAAAAAAUGGACCAUCUUUAGAGAAAACUGUGAAAUCUAGACAAGCACACAAUAAGAGUCCGGUGGGAAAUGAAAAACGUCCAUCGAUGUCUGCGAAUAGAUUACCUAAUAAUUGUAACGAUAAAAACACGCCUUAUUUAUUAAAUAAAAAAAUGGUAGCUGUGGAAACAUAUGUAAAAAAUCAUUUUGACCGAGUAUUAUCAACACGGAAUCUAGAAAAUAAAAAUGUUGUACAUAAGUCUCGAGUCCCUCUGAUACCUAUGGAUAUUGAUAUGGCAUCCUUGACAUCGUCUCCUGUUGGAGAAGAAUCUACAACGCUUGGAAAUAAAUUGCAUAAAAUGGUAAAUUCAAGGAUAAUUCCAACCUCACUAGUUCUACCCCCUUUUUCUGAAUAUCAGGAGAGUCCAUCUGAAACAGAUAAGAACGAAAAGCUGGAGUCAGUUGAAUAUUUAUCAAAACGUAGCACAACAAUAUCAACAGAUCAUCUUGUUGAUAUAUUUGAAGACAAAAAUAUCGUUACUGCUGUAGAAUUGGUUUCUAAAGAAGAUCACAAUCUUAAAACAGAACAUGAUAACGGUCACAAUAUAAGCAUGCAGAGUUCGGAAGUAAAGAGUUCACAAAAACUUAACUCGUAUAAUGUGUUACAAAAAUUAGAAAAUGCUCUGUAUCGCAAAAUGUUUAAUGGUACAUUUCAAAAACGGUUGAGAUUAAAAAAUUUGACUUUAACGCCUAAACAAUCUAUGCAACAGGCAUUUGUUCUACAUUCCGGGGACGCGGAGUCUUUGAUACUAAAGUCAAAAAUAUCACAAGAACUAAACUUCUCUCAAACAGACAUUAUAACAAAAUUGGAUAUACUUCCCAUUGCGUCCCCAGAUUCAAGAAAUCUUAUACCUAUGCAAAUAGCAACCGUAGGCUACGUUUUUCCCACAUAUAAAUUAUUUAAAAAUAAAUCAAAUAACAAAAACAAUAUUUUGGACAAUAAAGAUUUUGCAACUAGCUUGCACAUAACAACGUCUAAAAAUCUUUGUUGGAUGGACAAAAGUGUUGACUGUUAUAAGGAAAAUAGUGAACGGCAAAGCUUGAAACAAAAUACUGAACAAGUCACUGAUCUGCUUAAUAUAAGCAUAGGUUAUUCAAAAGAAUCUGAUUUGCGAAAUGAGAAUAUUGUACGGCCGGAAAUCAUGAUUAAAGCUAACGACAUAAUCGAAUCUGAUGAUGUAAGAACAAAGAAUGGCGACGGUAUAACUAAAUCAACUUCGUUGGAUUUACUCGUGCGGCUUUUAAAUGAAAUUAAAAAGAUAACUACUUGCCAGUCGAAUUUAGUUACAGCCGUAAAUGAAAACGACAAUUUCAUCGAAAGUAAAGAACUAAAAAUAAUCCUGAACAGAGCUGGUACACUAGACAAUUCUUUAGAUCACAGUGUAAAAGAUUCUAUUUCUAUUUCUUCUCUUGAAAAUCAACAUUGUACACAGAACUCUAGCAAUUUUUCAUUGUAUUUGAAAUCUAAUGUUGAUGAUUAUGUAGAUAAAUAUAAAUUUACUAAGGAUAAUAAAACAAAUAACAAUAUGAAUCAUAUUCAAGCUUUGUUCAUUGAUAAAGAAGUAAAUGUUCAAACGUCACUUAAACAAAUUAUGCAUAGACUUACAGAUGUUCCAUCUCGAUUUUUUCCAAGUACAGUUAAUCGGAGUACCGACGUCGUAAGGUCUUUAAUUGCUAUAGUUAGCAAGACAUCUAAGGAAUCUGUAUGCUCAUUUUCUGAUUGUCAUGUACUGUAUUCGAAUUCUGCAUUCAAUAAUAUAAAAGCUUGGCCGUAUAGAAAUAAAACUCAAUCACUCGCCGCGUCAAAAUGUAAGAGAGAAGAAUUAGUAGAAAAUGUUAUAAAACAAAAUAAACCACAAAAAAAUCUGCAAGUGUCUCGAGAGAAAGUGAUACCUAACAAUAAAACAAUUGCGAAAGUAAAUAUACAUGAUAAAGGUUUUGAUUCACUUCAAGAAUUCAAUCCUAUUAUAAAAAUAAAAAGAGAUAUGUUGGUUACAGUAUAUUCAAUACUUGUGCUGACUGUUUUCGCUGCCCUAACAAUUCCUGAUAUUAUAUCUCAUCUGUGAAUCUGUAAAACACC